GGGCGGCGGGUCAGUCUCUGCCCGGCGCUUAGGGGAUCAGCUGGCGGGCGGGCGGGUGCCGUACGUGGCCCCGGCUCUCGCUGCAGCGCUGCCUUCUUCCCCCCACGCAGGCAGGCCUGGUGGCCGUGACAAUGUCGCGGGGCUGGUAGCUGGGCGCCGGCCGUCGAGCCUUCUCAAGUUUAAACUUAUACGAAUCGCUCUUUUGAGGAGGAGGGGACCACCGCGCGAUUGACGCGCAUAGUCCUAUAGGCAUCCUCCCUCAGCCCCCACCCCCACGGCCGGAUUCGGGUGGCUCCUCUCGGAACUGAAAUCUGAGAAGAAAUCCUUGGAUCUCUUGUUUUCUUAAAAAAAAAAAACCACAAAAUCUAGAAGCUGUCGGUAUUUCGUUUUACUGCUUCCUAUUCGCAAGAUGAAGAAGUUUUUCGACUCCCGGCGAGAGCAAGGCAGCUCUGGCCUGGGCUCCGGCUCCAGCGGAGGAGGGGGCAGCACCUCGGGCCUGGGCAGUGGUUACAUCGGAAGGGUCUUUGGCAUUGGGCGACAGCAGGUCACUGUGGACGAAGUGUUGGCAGAAGGUGGAUUUGCUAUCGUGUUUCUGGUGAGGACAAGCAAUGGAAUGAAAUGUGCCUUGAAACGCAUGUUUGUCAACAAUGAGCAUGAUCUCCAGGUGUGCAAGAGAGAAAUACAGAUAAUGAGGGACUUGUCGGGACACAAGAACAUUGUGGGUUACAUUGAUUCUAGUAUCAACAAUGUGAGUAGUGGUGAUGUAUGGGAAGUGCUCAUUCUGAUGGACUUCUGUAGGGGGGGCCAGGUGGUCAACCUGAUGAACCAGCGCCUGCAAACGGGCUUUACAGAGAACGAAGUGCUCCAGAUAUUUUGUGACACCUGUGAAGCUGUUGCCCGCCUCCAUCAGUGCAAAACUCCUAUUAUUCACCGUGACCUGAAGGUUGAAAAUAUCCUCUUGCAUGACCGGGGCCACUACGUCUUGUGUGACUUUGGAAGUGCCACCAACAAAUUCCAGAAUCCACAAACUGAAGGAGUUAAUGCAGUAGAAGAUGAGAUUAAGAAAUACACAACGCUGUCCUAUCGGGCACCAGAAAUGGUCAACCUGUACAGUGGCAAAAUCAUCACUACGAAGGCAGACAUUUGGGCUCUUGGAUGUUUAUUGUAUAAAUUAUGCUAUUUCACUUUGCCAUUUGGGGAGAGUCAGGUGGCAAUUUGUGAUGGAAACUUCACAAUUCCUGAUAACUCUCGAUAUUCCCAAGACAUGCACUGCUUAAUUAGGUAUAUGUUGGAACCAGACCCCGACAAAAGGCCAGAUAUUUACCAGGUCUCCUACUUCUCAUUUAAACUACUCAAGAAAGAAUGCCCAAUUCCGAACGUACAGAACUCUCCCAUUCCUGCAAAGCUUCCUGAGCCAGUGAAAGCCAGUGAGGCAGCUGCAAAGAAGACCCAGCCAAAGGCCAGACUGACAGAUCCCAUUCCCACCACAGAAACCUCCAUUGCGCCCCGCCAAAGGCCUAAAGCUGGGCAGACUCAGCCGAACCCAGGAAUCCUUCCCAUCCAGCCAGCGCUGACACCUCGAAAGAGGGCCACAGUGCAGCCCCUGCCUCAGGCUGCAGGAUCCAACAAUCAGCCUGGUCUUUUAGCCAGUGUUUCCCAAUCAAAAACCCAGCCCCCACCGAGCCAACCUCUACCACAAUCCCAGCCCAAGCAACCACCAGCUCCGCCCACCUCACAGCAGACACCUUCCACUCAGGCCCAGGGUCUGCCCACUCAGGCCCAGGCAACACCCCAGCACCAGCAGCAACUCUUCCUCAAGCAGCAACAGCAGCAGCAGCAGCAGCAGCAGCCGCCACCACCAUCACAGCAGCCAGCAGGCACGUUUUACCAGCAGCAGCAGCAGCAGCAGGCCCAGGCUCAACAGUUUCAGGCAGUACACCCGACAACCCAGCAGCCAGCAGUUGCCCCAUUCCCUGUGGUGUCCCAAGGAAGCUCUCAGCAGCAGCUGAUACAAAACUUCUACCAGCAGCAGCAGCAGCAGCAGCAACAGCAGCAACAGCCGAUGGUCACAACCCUGCAUCCACAGCAGCUGCUGACUCAGCAGGCCACCUUGCAGCAGAAGCCCACGGUGGCAGCAGUACAGCAGCCCCAGGCACAGCCGGCCUCAGCCCCACAGCCGACCCCUGCCCAGGAGCCUGUGCAGAUUCAAGCCUCAGUAAGACAACAGCCAACAGUUCAGACAACCCCACCUCCUGCCGUCCAAGGACAAAAACUUGGAUCUCUCACUCCUCCAUCGUCCCCCAAGACCCAGCGUGCUGGACACAGGCGGAUUCUCAGUGAUGUGACCCACAGUGCAGUCUUUGGGGUCCCUGCCAGCAAAUCAACCCAGCUGCUCCAGGCAGCUGCAGCUGAGGCCAGUCUCAAUAAGUCCAAGUCGGCAACCACCACUCCAUCAGGCUCUCCUCGGACCUCCCAGCAAAAUGUUUAUAAUCCUUCAGAAGGUUCUACGUGGAAUCCCUUUGAUGAUGACAAUUUCUCCAAACUCACAGCUGAAGAACUGCUAAACAAGGACUUUGCCAAAUUGGGGGAAGGCAAACAUCCUGAGAAGCUUGGAGGCUCAGCUGAGAGUUUGAUCCCAGGCUUUCAACCAACCCAAAGUGAUGCUUUUGCCACGUCCUCAUUUUCUGCUGGAACUGCUGAAAAAAAGAAGGGUGGGCAGACUGUGGAUUCUAGCCUCCCACUUCUAAGCGUAUCUGAUCCUUUCAUUCCUCUUCAAGUACCUGAUGCACCAGAAAAGCUAAUUGAGGGACUCAAAUCUCCUGACACUUCUCUUCUGCUCCCUGACCUCUUGCCUAUGACAGACCCUUUUGGUAGCACUUCCGAUGCUGCAAUUGAAAAAGCUGAUGUUGCUGUUGAGAGUCUCAUACCAGGACUGGAGCCCCCGGCGCCCCAGCGCCUCCCAUCUCAGACGGAAUCUGUGACCUCAAACUGCACAGAUUCUCUCACUGGGGAAGAUUCCCUGAUCGAUUGCUCUCUGCUUUCUAACCCUACUACUGACCUUCUGGAAGAGUUUGCCCCCAUAGCGAUCUCUGCUCCAACCCAUAAAGCUGCAGAAGAUAGUAAUCUCAUCUCAGGUUUCGAUGUCCCUGAGGGCUCGGACAAGGUGGCAGAAGAUGAGUUUGACCCUAUUCCUGUAUUGAUAACCAAAAACCCACAAGGUGGGCACUCUAGAAACAGCAGUGGGAGCUCUGAGUCCAGCCUUCCCAACCUAGCCAGGUCUUUACUGCUGGUGGAUCAGCUCAUAGACCUGUAGCCGUGACCCAGUAGCAGAUGCAGUUCUGUAACCUUCAUACCGUAAUACACAUUUUCAUUACGGAAUUAUAAGAAAAAUGAUUUUUUUAAAUUGCAAAUAAGGAGCCCUGUAGCCCUUAUCUCCUGCCCCUUGCCUUCUCUGUAGAAAUGAUAAGGAAAGAAAAUCACUUUGGCCCUCCAGAUAUUCCUUGGCCAGUUCCUCCCUGUUCAUUUGCUGUGUUUUCUCAUUACCCUUCUUCAAUAGCAUUGUCUUAAAUCAAGCACUAGAUGCCAUAAGCUUCACCUCUGCUGGAAUCAACUCCACCAAAAGCUUCUCUGUAACUGAAACUAGUGAAUUGACACCUUUGCCUCAUUCUUGCUAGGAAUGGCCUCCCAAGUCAAUCCUCCCAACCCCUGUCUCCUUUGGCCAGAUGCUGAUGAAUGUGUUUCUCUGUUUUUGCUUUUUUAUCCUGCUGCAUUAUUGUGAAGACCUGGCUUCUUCAGUUGGUCUUAACUCUAGGCAGUAGCCUGGAGACAGGUGUGUGGUUUGAGAAGGGUAAAAAUGACUGGUCGAUGGUAUAUGUUUGAAAAGAGAAAGUGAGCCGAGCUCUAGCCAACCAACUGUGACCCUGUUUGAUCGUAGACCUAGCCAAGGGAUUUUACACCCCAUGCAGCCUGCCCAGCAUCCGUCCAGCAUUCUGGCUUCCAUUGAACCGCGAUUUCUCAGAUCUGGAGACGUGACUGCAAGUACUUGAGAUCCUUGGAUGAAAUGUGUACAGUAUAUAAAUCCCAAGUAUUGCCAUUCCUUCUCAUGUUAACCAUCCCAAGCUGGGAUCUCAGAAUUAGACCAAAACAAGACAAUGGUGGUAAUAUGAUACCUUUUAUUAGAAGACUUUUCACUGGGGAGGGGGGUUGAAUAGGGGAGGGGAAGGAAUUGUAGCAGAAACAGAUGUAUUUUUCUUGUGAUUUUUAUUUUGAAUCAAAUAUUGUAAAUUGUGUAUAAAUGAAGAUGCCGAAUAGUUCUGUUUCCACUUGGCGUUUCAAGUCCGAUAUCAGGUGUCUGUACAGGGUUUUGAUCUCUUUCCCUUGUAUAACUUUACAUGGCAAUCCUACAAUGUAACAUAUGGAAUCAUUUUGAGUAGACUUGUGUGUUGCUAUAAGCUUUCAGCAGGUCCUCUGUCUUUGUAGAAUAAGCAUGUUGUUUAUUUUCAGAUAAUAAGAAAUAAGUGUUCUGACAAGUUAGGCACAGUUUGACUCUGGCUACUUACCCUUCUUUCUCGCUGAUGUUUGUUUGAAUUGAAGGGUGCAGCCAAUGAAAUAUGUUCAGCUGGUUUUCCUUGGCUUCCUAGACUGAAAAAUAAAGCAUAGUUCCCCACUAACCUUAGAAUAUUGUUCAUUAAAUAAAUAAAGGACCCUGCACUGACAUAAUAACAACAUGCCUCAUGGUCACCCUCUGUAUAUGUCCUUACUCAUUUAGGGGUAUUUCUUUCCUUACAUGGAAAGCGGUUUUCCAACAUCACCCUUUUGAAAAGAGGUGGGCACAGAAAACCCCAUUGUGGUUUUCUUCCUCGAGUGCCGUUUUCCAUGAUGAGAAGGGAAACUCUUAGUUGGUCAGAUUUGUACAGAUAAAAUUCCAAGCCCACUUGUUUGUUUCUCUGUCUAGUAUUUUUGUUUCUUCUUUCUCACACUUGCACUUUAAGGGGGAAAAGAAAGUUGAAGAGCAACACCAGUGUGCAAAGCACUGCACUUUGGAGGACAGGCUCUAACCUCAGCGGCCUGGGAGCAGCUUUGAAAGGCAUCAGAGGAGAAGUCUCAAUCUCUCAGGCUUCUUUCUGGCUUUAAAUACUUCCCAUGCCAGCUGAAACUAGAUGAGCUUAGUAAAGGCCUCUAUGAGGAUAAUGGAUCAUUUUCAAAAUCGAGGAAGGCAUAUCCUUCCUGCUAAGGAUUUAAAAAGACAUCUUUGAAGAGCUCUUCAUGAUUAAAUAGCAGUGAAAAUGGAACUUGGUUUGCCCCUUUAUGGUCAGGAAUAUUAGUGAAGAUCAAAAUUGUAUUCUUUUUUCCUGGACAUAGAAAAAAUGUAUAGAUAAUGAAGGAAAUGUUUAUUUUUAAAUAAGAAUAUGUUUUAUGCCUGUGUUUUCCAGUUUGAUUUUUUCAUACAUAUAUGUUAGAAAUAUAAUGAAAUAUCUAGUUUCUUGAAACCAUGGAGUGUACAGCUUAGAAAUUAGAUGUCUCUAAGUUGUGCCUUUCAUGUAUUACUUUAAUUGCAUUGAGAUGUUUUAUCUAGUCAUCUGGCUCAAUAAAAUUUAGUAUAGGCUGUUAAUGAAAAGAAUAGACUAAAAGCCAGAGACAGGAUGCGGAGACCUGAGGUAGAUAAUGACAUGAAAUGCUUUAGGAGUAGGGUCUCAAAGGGGAUAACUAUUUUUCUGUUAAGGAAUAAAGUGAGUGUGACCUGAUAAAUGGAGCCUUUGAUAUAUAGCAUUAUCCCUAAGCUAAAAGGAUUUAUUUGAGAUGAAUGUAGUGUGCUGAUAAUUAAUAGACCUAUGGAACUAUGGACUGAGCUAUAAAAGGGACCUUAGAGAUCAUCCUCUCGUCUACCCAUUUCAUUUUACAGGUGUAGGACCUAGGGCAGGGUAGUGAAGAAGAGGCCUGUGCAGGACAGACCACCUGAGAUCUUCCCUUGACCUCUGCCGGUCACUGUCUGAAUCACCUUAAGCAGGCAUGUCACUCCUCAGAGCUACUGUUCUUAUUUACACAGUGAUGGGUUGGGACUAGAUGGUUCUAAGAUUAUAGAAUUCUAGGGUUCUAAGUAUAUGUUAUUAUGCUCUGGAAGGACUAUGAAGGAUUUAUAUAUCCUGAUGUUCUCCAGUUAUCUAAUGUAGUUCUUACUGUAGCAGCAUUUACAUUUUAGAAAAUUAUAAUGGGCUUUUACUAACCUGCAUUGCUCUUUCGUGGUUAUCUGAAUAGAGGCCUAAAUAGGGCAGAGUUUUGCGGUUGGUUUCAAUAAAAAUGACCAACUAUUGGCUAGAAGAGUGGGAAAAAGUAUUAUAAACAAAAUUAAUAUUUUAUCUUGAGAAAAAUAAGUUUUUGGUUUUUCCCCUAUAAUUAUUAGCAAUCCAAGUUCUAUAAUUCUAUUUCAAAAAAGAAACCAUAGGUGUUCCUCUUUUAAACAUUACACACACAGAGUGCAACAAAACUGUACCAAAUUUCAGUACUUUAAAAAAUGUGUCAUCAGUGAUAUGCUUUAUAAGAAUGGACAAAUACUGUAAGCAUAUGUUUUCUUUUUUCAAUUGGAGAUCAUAUUUUCUAAUUUAUUUUUUAAUUUUUCAAUCAUAGUUUGCAUUCAAUAUUAUUUUGUUUUGGUUUCCAAUGUACAGCAAAGUGUAUGCAUAUCAUGUAAGCAUAUGUUUCUGAUUUGCUUUUAUUCUAACUGUGCAAAAAUAGUAACUAAACCAGAAAACAUCACAAUGAGGUUUUUUUCCCCCUUUAGAGCAUUCUAAUUACUACAUUGCCAAAUUCAAGUCCCAGUAUUUUUAAAAACAUAGGCCUCACAGGAGAUAAGGUUUAAGUGGUCACUUAUAAAUAUGAUUAUAAUUAAUGAUUACUUUAGCAGACAUAUCAGAAUGCUGACAUUUAAUUGAUUAUUGUCCCCUGGUUUAACUUGGGAAGGUAUAUUUAUUCUAAUGAUGCUUCCAUCAUUUAAGAUAUUUUUGAAACUCCUCUCCUUAGAAGUGGCAUCAAGGAAGGUAAUAAAGUAUAAGAAAAUCAGCUGCAUUCUUAUCUAAAUUGGUGUCAUUUUCAGCCUGUGAAAAUAUGUUGUCUUUCUAGAUCUACUUGCUUCUACCACUAUUUCCAAAAGCAAAAUCGCCACCCUAAGAUGAAGAGUGGUUACUGUUGAAGAUAGUAAAGAGAGUAAUCCACAGAAAAUUCCCGAAGAGAACCUUAUAUAGUUCUCUUAAUGGAACCUUAAUGGAAAGUGACAGUGGUCAUUCUUAAUUUCCUUGAUAUUCUGAACAAGGGAAUAUCUGUGGUUUUGCCUCUUUAGUAUGGCUUAGAGAAUUGAAAGAUAUAUAUUUUAAAAUGGCUCCAAAACAGGUUGUCACCUUGUUCAGGAUCAUUUGGUAAUGGACUUGGCUCUUCCUAAAAUAGAAUUAUAGAACCUGGAUUGCUAAUAAUUAUAGGGGAACAAACCAAAAAAAGAACCUAUUUUUCUCAAGAUGAAACGAUUUUGUUUAUAAUUCUCUUUCCCACUCUCCUGGCUGAGAAUUGACCAUUUUGAUUGAGACCAACCCAGUCUUCCCCCAGGUCAGAAAUGGGUUUGCCUUCAGCAGGGCUGUGGGAAGCAUCUCGGUGGUCUGGAGGGAUCUGAUCCAGCCGAACAAAUGCGCACUGUAGGUGCCUUGGGCCAAAGUAAAGUUUCUGUGAUGAAGUUUGCCUGUGAGCUCCAUGAGUCUUUAACUUUCUCAGUUUGUACAGAUUAUCCAGAUCCUGUAGCCACUAACUUAGGAGUUUGGGGAUAAAAAUGACAGGAUAGCCUCCUUUAAAAAAAAAAAAGUCAGGAUUGCCCAAAAUACUGAAUUAGCAAAUUACAAGCUGCCAAGCAGAACAGAGAAACACUAUCACAUGGAUAUUUGAAAUGGAAUCUUUGUAGAAGCACUCCAGAUAUUAUAAAAGCUAUCUUUUAUUCCUGUUUAGAGACUGUACAUUUGCCAACCCAGAGUUAGCCUUUUUCUUGUCCAGGCUAGUGAUGUUCCUGGAUGUGCUUGGGUUAUUUGAGUAAGAAUGAAUCCCAAUGGCCUCCAUUUUAAGUAAUCCGUAGCGAGAUACUAUUUUGUUUCUCCUUGGUACCGUUAAACCGAGGUGGGUCAGGGAGGUGUUUGGGUAAUGCAGAGUUACCAAAUGGUGGUAGUUGCUAGAAUGGAAGACACUUUCUUGGCUCCCACUUUGAUGCAGUGUCUGAAUGUACUCUUUUCCUGCCAGUAUUCCACUCUGCCCUAUUGCACCACCCCCUGGUCACGUGGAUGUGUAUUUACCGCAGGUCUUUAUCCUGCUGUUCCCAAGAAGACAGAGCAAACUGAGGUACAUGAUGCUAUCUUAUGCAGUAAAAAUGUGAAAUUGGAACAUUGCUAUACAAGUAUUGUAUAAAAAACAAGUCUGUAAACAAAUUUCUUAUGUAAACAUACAGGGGAAUAAAGACUUUUAUCUGUUCAAACGGGAGCAUUGAUGUGCAGAGAUAUAAAUAACUAAAAAUAGCUGUUGUUUUCCUGAGCUGAAAACCCACUUUUGCAAAAAGGAUUUAAACACAUUGUUGAGCGACAGUAAGUACCUGUGCAUGAGGGAAGUGUGGACACGUGUGAGAGACAUGCCGAGGACAGUUUAGUGAGUCCCGGCUGCCCUGGCCGCUUCUUGUGGUCAGGGAGAGUGAAACCCCUGCACGCCUGCAGUUGACAUCACCAGACACGGGGCUGUAAAAUAGAGCGCAGAUUUGCAGCUCUCCUCUAAUUUAAUCUUUAAUAUACGCAGGCCAGUUUAAUAAAACAUUUUAUGUUGGAACAGCAGUUUUAUGCCCAGGGAGAAAUCUCUUUCAUUUAAUUGCUCCUUUGGCUUGAGAUACACAGCAUCACAAGCCAGUGUUGGCUUCCAUCAAAUCCCUUAUUCCCCCAGUCAUGGGUUUUAAUGCAACUACACAGCAUAUGGUAGGACCAAAUGCUUAAUUUCAUCAUCUAAGCCAAAAAGGUCAUGGAAGGUAUUAGCUUGAUGUACAUCUCUUGACUCCCCGAUUUGGCUCCAGAGUGUGAAUUGCAGCUGGUGCUGCAUUUCUGAAGUUCUUGUGCAGGGAUAUUUGCUUUCUACUUGCUAAUUAUGUAUAUGAGUAGGUUUUUCAAUACUUCGUUUUCAGUUUUAUGGCAAGAAUUGUGUCCUUGAUACUCCCUGUAUUUAGUUUUAUAGUAUGGGGAAAAAUAAAAUUCUGGUUGUGCAUGAUAUAUUAUACUAACAAACAUCCAGUUAGAAACUUAAGUCUUCAGAUUUAGAUUUUAAUUUUUUUAGAAAGCACGUUGAUGACCCUCACUAUGUCCGUCUGAUAAAAUUUUCAGAGUAAACCUUUCCCAAAUCAUUCAACACCAGUCACUGCUUUGGAACUUAACAGGGAAUUAGUAAAGAUAAUUGCCAAGUCAUCAAAUACUUUCGAGAAAUCUUUUCCCUACUUUCUGAAGCAUAUGAGCGCUUACUAAAUCUAUAUAACUUGCAGCCUCUAAAUAGACUAAAACAGAGUUUUGAAAUGUGUGCUUAACUUUAACCUGGCACACGACCCUACAGGGAAGCAAGAAAAAGAAAUGUUUUGACUUGUUGUUUAAUUUGAUGUGAUAAGCCAAAAUAAAAAGAGACAUGACCCAGUUAGGGGAAAUUAGAACAAAAUGCCCUGCCUUCAGCUUCAUGGCGUGGAAGACCCUUGUGCAGACUGUGAGGCCAGGUCCUGGGCUUAAGCCCCUCCUCCUGGGAACAACUGUCAAUCUCUAUUGAGCUUUGUGGUCAUAGGGCAUCUGCCACGCAUGCCAUUGGUUGCCAAAGGACCUAGACCAAGGUGUGAGGUCAAAUUAAUAUAAACCCUUCAUUGCUAGUAGGCAGACUACUUCAAACAUACUUCCUGACGGUACAAGGCUGUCUUCAUGUACAAGGACUGUUCACCGUGAGACCCUGUGCUUUCCCUACAAGAACACACUCAUAUACCAAAAAAGACCUCUAACUCCCAGCCAGACUUAAUGUCUAUCCUCUGGUUACAGUUAUUUAGAAUCUCUCCUUCUCUUGACUACCUUGUUUCUUGUGCUGCCACCACCAGAAUUCCUUGAGGGAGUGUGGUUGUCUGUGCUUUUCCAAGUCCCCCAGCAAUGUUUGGGUCCCCAGAGUGCCAGGCGCUGAGCCUCACAGUGGGUGGUUGCUCUCUGCCCUGGUCACACUGCGCCUCUUCUAACAAGAAUGACCAGGUAGAGAGGCUUGGCCUUCUCAGGAGAAACCUUUAUAUGUAUUUUUCUGAUCCUAGAAGCAGAUUCAUGCUAAAAAAGACAGGAAACAGGUCUGGCCUUGUUUUGAAGGUUAGGUGUUCCCUUCAAACCCAAUCUUACCUGUAUUUUUGUAUGUGCAUGAAUUUUAAAAGUUGCUGGAACUUUAAGUAUGACUUUCCCAUUACUCACCAUGAAGGUCAUAGAAUAGGGUCCGAGUUCGCAGGCUUCCAGUUGACCUGACGAAGAGCCCACUUUUUUACGAAAGUAUUCUGAUGAGGUGGGCAUGUUCUUCCAUCCUGUCCAACUCUGGGUAUGGGCAGCCUUGCCCUGUGCUCAGAGUUCUGGAAACAGUCUAGCACUGCAGGCAUCCAGAGUGCCCAGGUUCUAUAGGUAGCUGCUCUUGGGUAAUCUCUGCACACAAAUUAAUUUCACCAAAUUCAGUUUAAAUUUUUCGAAGUCACUAAGUCCAAUCAAACUAGUGUUCAUUUUCAUUAGCGAUCUGUACGAUGCCAGAGACGGUCAUUGACUUGGCUAAAUUCUCCAUUUUUUUCCCUAAGAGAUAUUUUGUUAUCCCACGGAAACAGCUUAAUAGCCUCAACUUUCAGGGUAGUUUUAGAAGUUAAGAAAUUGUGCCUUAGUUUUGGCAACUGAAAACUCUGUCCAUGUGAUGCCAUGUUAGAAAAUGGUUCAAGGAAUUUUGGGGUCCUCUCAUUCCACUGUGCUUGGCAAAUCUUAUUUUGGAAAAAAAAUAAGAUUUUUCCCCCUGUCAUUUGAAUUUGCUCCCAGAAAUCAUCCUCUGGGAAUCACUGUGACAGAUCUAAUAUCAGAAUAAUUUCCUGAGAGGUUGGGAUUAUGGCUUUUUACAUACGUUGCAAGGGAGAAGGUGAGAAGGUGUUUCAUUUAUUUCCUGUUCUCUGACUAAUGCUAUUGUAUCACU